UCAUAUGUUUAAAAUUUUACAAGUGUCUACCUAUUUCAUAUUUUUUAAACCUAAAUAAGAGUUUAUUGAAAAUGCAUAAAAUUUUAAAGUAUGCAUUUAAAUUACAAAAAAAUAAAAGUAUCUAUUUAUUUACUCCUAAAAGAAGUUUAAUGAAACACAAUAUUAAUCACAUAUUGAACAAAAAAGUUAUGGAUAGGUAUAUGCGACUCCCAUUUCCUUGUAAUAAAGUAUUGGCUACCUAUAUAUGGAUUGAUGGCUCAGGUAUUAACAUGCGAUGCAAAGAUAGAAUAUUGACUUGCGUGCCUUAUGCACCGGAUGCUGCACCGACUUGGGCAUUCGAUGGUAGCUCGACAGGGCAAGCAACUACUGAUAAUUCUGACACUAAAUUACAGCCAGCAGCAAUAUACAGGGAUCCUUUUCGAACAGAACCACAUGUUCUUGUAUUAUGUGACGUAUACAUAGGGGAUGGAGGACAACCUGCAAGUACAAAUCACAGAAAAUAUUGUAAUGAUUUAUGUGAAUUUCAUAAAGAGCAAGAACCUUGGUUUGGUCUCGAGCAAGAAUAUACAAUGUUAGAUGUUGAUGGCUGGGGACUUGGUUGGCCUAAAGGCGGAGGAUUUCCUGCAGUCAAAUAUCAAUACUCGUACUGUGGAGUUGGAGCCAAAUACAUAGCAGGAAGAGAUGUGAGUGAAUCUCAUGCUAGAGCUUGUCUUUAUGCCGGACUGGAUUUUGAGGGAACUAAUGCAGAAGUUAUGUAUGGAUGCUGGGAAUGGCAGAUUGGUACUUCUGUAGGUAUUAAAGCUCCAGAUGAUUUAUGGAUGUCUCGAUAUAUCAUGUCACGAGUAGGUGAAGAUUAUGGCGUUGAUAUUACUUACCAUCCGAAGCCAUUUGGAACUUUACAUCCCGGUGUAGGUAUGCAUCAUAACUUUAGUACAAAGCGGAUGCGUUCCGAUGGUGGUUAUAAAUUUAUUGAAGAAUGCAUUAAAAAACUUGAAAAAAAUCACAUGAAGCACAUGAAAGUUUAUGGUAAUGACGAAGCCACUAAUAGAAUGCGUCUCUCAGGAAAAUUUGAAACAGCACCUUUUGAAAAAUUUUCAUGGGGCAUUGCUAAUAGAAAAGCGUCUAUUCGUCUACCGAGAAACAUAAAAGAGAAAGGGAAAGGUUUCAUCGAAGAUCGGAGACCCGGAGGUGAUUGCGAUCCAUAUCUUGUUUGUGGAUUAAUAAUGGAGACUUGUUUAGGCGGUCCAGGUACUGGAGGAGGCUCAGUCUGUACACCAAAACUAAACUCAUGUAAGAAAUAAUUUUUUUUUUGUGUUUAAUUUGAUAAUUUGUUGUUAACUAUUGAUUCUAUACAGAAACCAAAAAAAUAUUUUAAUGUUCUCUUAAAUAUUUUUUAAAUGAUUAGGUAAUGUGCAUGCAUGUAUAAAUGGUUACCUAUUUCUAAAAUUAACGCGUAUAGAGUUGUAGUCGAAAACCAGUUAUAAAUAUGUUCAAAACAAGUUAAGACUUGUAAAAAGUAAAAUUCUAAAUUUAUAUAUAAUUAGAUAUAAAUAAAAAAUUAGCAAGAUAAAUAAAGAAAUUUACUUCUAUAUUUAUCUUGCUAAUCUUGUUUUAUUUUAUUAAUCUUGUUUGCUUAUCUUUGUUUACAAUAAAAUUAAAGGCAAUAUAUAAUUAAAUUUAAGAAUCAAUCAAAUAAAUAUAAUUUAAUUUAAGAAUCAAUCAAUAGAUGGAGAUUAUAACAUGAUCACUAAAUUGGUACCGGAUUUGCAUCUUUAUUAUUUGUUUGUUUCUUAUUAUUUGGCGCCUUAGUGACUCAACCAAUCGAGGAUUUGUUUUUAUACACGUACUUAUUAUUUGCGAUUGAGGAGAACAGAAUAGACUAGUUGGAAUCAAAGAUUCAUAUAGUAUAUUGUUAGUUGUAUUUAUGAAGUUAACGUUAGCAAUGCAUUAGAAAAAGAUAAAUAUAUAAUAACAUCCUCUCCGUCUUUUUGAAUUAUACACGAUCGGUCACAGUUUGUAUAAUUGUACCCAGCCAAAAGCGGAACUUUUUGCGUUAAUAAAAUCGAAAUAUAGUUUUUGUCAUAGUAAUUUUAUUUAUUAGCG